AUGUUGACUCUGCUGUGUUUCAGUGGUUCCUGGAUGCGCAACAUUCCCAUCAACGGCCCACUGCUACGAGAGAAAGCUUGCCAUUUUGCAGCAAUGCUUGAAGUGGAAAAUUUUCAAGGAAGCAUUGGUUGGUUGAAUCGCUUCAGAGACAGAUAUGGUGUAGUUGCGAAAGUAAUUUGCGGAGAAGCAAGUGAUGCACCUGCCCAAUCAAUAAGUGAAUGGAGGUCUGGCGAAAUAGCCGCUUUAAUAGAAAACUACAGUCCAGACAAUGCAGAUGAAGCUGUCCAGAUUUCAUUCAAAAAGUUUUCAUGGGAGCAGAAGUGGGAAAGUGAUCGAAAUUCCUCCCGCUUUCAGUUUGCACAGAACGUGAAUCUGUCUCUCUCUUCCAGGAGACGCCGGCCGGAGGACGGAGCUGCGUCGGAGACGGAUUGGUUCAGGCGGACCGCGUUGCAUCGUGCGGCAUUGAGCGGAGACACGCAGAGGAUCAGGGAGCUGCUGGAAGGAGGAUGGAACACGAGGGCGAGGGAUCUGAAUGGAAUGACGCCCCUCCACCUGGCCCUGUUGUAUGAGAAGGAGGCCGCGGCGGAGCUGCUAGCGGACGCGGACUGCAUCACGGAUGUGGUGGAUUUCUACAAGCGCACCCCUCUGCAUCUCGCUGCCGAGUGUGGGUUCGUGAAUGUCGUCCGUAUCCUGCUCGCGGGAGGGGCGAAUGCAAGUGCGAAAGACAGAAGUGAAAGCACGCCCCUCCAUUUUGCCGUGAUCUCUAGGAUGGAGGCCGCGGCGGAGGUGCUGCUGGAGGCCGCCGCCGAAUGCGACGGGCCGGACAUGGAAGGCCGCACCCCCCUGCACUACGCUGUGAGAGAAGGUCUCCCGCGGAUAGUUCAAUCUUUGCUGUCGAGGGGUGCGCGUUUGAAGCUUAAAGAUAGAGAUGGACACUGUCCCCUGUACUUGGCCCUGUGGUGUAGACAAGACGAUGUGGCGAGGGUGCUUCUGGCGACCCACGCCUGGAGGAAUAUCGAGGUACAUUGGGAGGAGAUGGGGCUCCCACAGGAGCAAAAGGAGCGCGGCGUCCGGCUGCUCUCCGAGUGCGAGGCCGAGAUGAGGGAGGCCCUGGUGGAGGGGUCCCGCCUCUCCCUCCGCGACCUCGCCCACCGACACCCCUCCCGCCUGGCCCAACGCCUCACCUCCUCCUCGUCCGGCUGGGGGAGGUCCGGGAGAGGAGGGCCCUGGAGGACCGCUUCCUGCGCUGCUUCCCCCUCCUCUGCCCGCCCCUGCCCACCACCUGCACCGACGUCCUCCUCGCGUGCCUGGCGGACGACGACCUGAGGAACUUCGCCCGGGCCGCAGAGCUCUAGUCCCUGGCGAAAAAGAAAAUAAAGAUCAGUACUUGAACUGUAUGAAUCUUUUGUUUUUGAGUGUGCCCGAGAUAGUUGACUGAGCUUUAUCUGCUGUUUUCGUAAACAAACCAGUUUGUCUUGUCAAGAUGAUUAUUCUGAGACACCUUUUAAAUAGCUUUGUACAUCAUGUGUGAAAUGCUUUGUGUGUAUGAAUCACGUAAUAAAAGGAAUA